GUUUACAUGAUCUGCUUUCUUGAGGUUCUUGUCGCAACGCCAAUGCCUAGUAGUUUAUUUCCACAGCUUAUUUGACUUCUCUGGAUACUCUGUUCUCCAGAAUGGUUUGAAUCUUUGAAAUCAUUGGAAGUAUCUUGCCAAGAACUAGAAGAGCUUGUGCAACUCUGAUGUGUUUGACGUUCUUAAGUUUGCAGGGAGUUCAGAGUGUCUGAAAGAUUUUGUUUAAUGCAUAUCCUGUAAUUUUAGGAACUAUGUCGUCGGAAUUGUAAAUGUCAUGAUGAUAUAUUGCAGAUAUCACUGCCUAUGGCGUAUAGCUCGCUGUUUUCAGAUACGGUUUCAUCACAAACCAAACAGUUUUGGUUUCUGUGUGCGCCUUUCGUUUCAACGGAAAUGAUAGUUCAGGCGAAUCCUCCUCAGUGUUUACAAGGAACAUUUUUGAUUUGAUCAGCAUAUCUUUACACUUUACACGAAUAGAUACUGUUUGAACGAAGAGGGAUUAUAAUGGUGAAGAGGUAUACUUUAUUUCUCUUAAACUCUCUUACGUUAUUAUGAUUCAUUACAAGUCUUUAUAUAGACAUAGAAUUAGGUUUAGGAGGCUACGCCAGCUCAUCGCUCAAGGCUUGGAAUCUAUUUGCCGUUGUGAUCUCAUGAGCUGGAGCUGAGCAUGCUUUUGCUUUUACGGACGCCAGCAUUGCUUGCUCGUUGAUGCUUUUCUUAAUCUUGUCUUGUUUGCAGGUACAGUUUGGAGCAGAGGAGCUUGUUGCUGCGUCGUUUUGGGUAAGUGAGCUCUUGGGCCUCCAAGUCUGGAUUGGUUUGGGCUUCUCACUAAUACUGUUAUGUACCAUCCUCACAAUUUGAUUAUUCAUGUUUCUUAGUGUUAUAGAGCAUUGUUAGCAUUGAUUUAACCUAACUUUACAACAUGUCCAGGGGCGGCUGUGUAACUGCGUUCCAAGAAUAUCGGAACAUGUUAAUUGAACUUGGGGAAAUUUUUCUUAUAGAACAAAUGUUCAAGAUUUCUAAUGCAUAAGCUAUACUUCCUGAAUGUUUUUACUACAUGUGAAAUUAAUUUUGGCACAGUCUCAAGGUUGUGCGUGAUAUUGCCAUGCAAAUCAGGCUUAUGUUUAUUCUCGAAAAAUUUACCCUGAGAGACACAUUCUGAGUUAUUAAUUACUUAAAGAGACACAUUGUGUCUUUAGAACACUUUCUCUCAGAGAAAUUACCAAGAUAACCUUCAACCAAUGAGAUGGCAUCUUUAGGUGAUCAUGUGUCUUUAGUUAUUUUUCUAACUAUUUCUUUAAAACAAAUAAACUAUUAAAAAAAAACAAGAACAUUAUCUCUUGGAAAUCUCUAAAUCGUGAAAACACAAACAAAUCAAAUCCUAACCUCUUGCUCCAACAUAAGGGUCUGAGAAAUUGAACCAUAAUCCAUGUUUCUCGAUCCCCUUUCUUCUCCUUGAUCAAGAGGUAGAAUCACAAUCACUAUAAAUAUCCCUCUUGCCCUGAUUUCUCUCUUAUGUAACAAGAUCUCCGUCAUGGCGUGUUUGGUGAAGCGUCGGAGCCGUCACUUUGUUCAAGCUCUCUGUCUCCACCUCUAGAUUUUACCCGAUCUGAGACUGGUUCGCCGGAUUAGCCUCUCCAGCUCUUCAUCCUCGACCAUUAAUGCCGUGGUGGCGGAUGUGGAUACGGAAGUAGAAGACGUGAGGAGAAAGUGGUUGUGGAUACUAUGGUGGUGGAUGUGGAAACGGAGUUGGAAGACGUGAGGAGGAGGAGAUGGUGGUGGAUGUUGUGGCUGUGGAUGUUGUGGUGGUGGAUGUGGACACGAAGGUGGAAGACGUGAGGAGGAGGAAGUGGAUGUGGAUGUUGUGAUGGUGGAUGUGGAUACGGAGGUCGUAGACGUGAGGAAGAGGAGGAGGUGGUGGAUGCUGUGGCUGUGGAUGCUGUGGUGGUAGAUGUAGACACAGAGGUGGAAGACGUGAGGAGAAGAAAGUGGUGAUAGAUGCUGUGUUGGUGGAUGUUGUGGACAGAGGAUGUGUGGAUGUGAUCGGCAGUAUGUGGAUGUGGUGGCUGUGGACAUGAGAGUGAGAGGAGGGGAGAGGUCAAGUGCGCAAUGGUUAGAUAAGAGGUGGUAAGAUGAGAUAUGGAUAACAAUGAAAAUCCCACCUCUGUCUUCUAUGUUCUAGGUAUUUACGAGAUUUGUAUAACAUGAUAGGGUUCAGAUACAUUUUUGUUUUGUAUUAUACAAUUAGAUUUUGGUUCAUAUACAUUUUUGUUUUGAAACCAAAAGAAAAAUUUAUCAGUGAAAUGGUUAAAGCCGUGUGGCUCACAUGACAUCACACUAUUCUCACCAUCUUUGUAUCUCUUUUAAUUGCACUAUCUACCAAUAUAAAAAUAUUUACAUUAUAGAAGGUAAACAUAUUUGCAGUCGUUAGAUCUUAUGCCUGUAAAUAGAUCCAAUGCCCCAAAAAUUUCACUUUUACUUAUAUAUCUACUUUUUCAUUUUAACUUUUAUCAUUUAUUGCAACUAAGAACAAACUUAGUUUCAUUUUGCUCAACUUACGUUUCCUUCUUUAAAAUAAACAAACUUCUCCUUACACAAAAAGUAGGGUUAUUUCUGUCCACACAAAAACAGCUGUCAUGAGAAAGUGUGUCAAAGAGAGAAUGUGUCUCUUCACGUAAAUGAAAGACAGAUUGUGUCUCUCAGUGUAACUCUCUCGUUUAUUCUCCUUAUGGUUUAUUCUUUAAUCUUUACAUACUUGUUUUUAGUAUUUGGCUAUACUUCUUUUUAUAGGGAACGAUAAAAAUACAAUAGCCUCUUUGUAAUCUAACCUAAAAGUUAUCUCGAGUCAGAAAAUUUUCAAGAAUCAAUAAAUCUCCAAAUAAAUACACUUUUAUUAAAGCUAAAAUGUAUUUGAAAUAGACCAAUGCUAAAUUGCUGAUCUAAGAUAAGAGCCCUUAUAUUAUCACUUCUAAAUUUUUUUUUUUUGGAACAUUACACUUCUAAAAUUGUUAGUUAUACUAAAUAACAAACUUUUUUUUUCCUUUUUGGUAACUAUAACAUCUUGCUUUGAUAUUGUUAGCAAAAAAUAUCUAAAUUGGAUUUGCUAUUGGAUAAUCACUAUUUUGUUUUAUUUUUGGGAGCAACUGAUUUUCCCUCUUAUAUAUAAUCCAAUUCUUUUGAUAAAAAAAUAUUUUUCCUUAUCCCCAAAUAAAACGAUUCUGCAGAGAAAUUAGAGCGGCGGUGCAAGGCAAACGACAAAAACAAAACACCAAUCACCACCGUAAACAAACAGCACCGACGUGUCGCUGCUCAAUUCUCAGCUCCGUCAAAAGAUUGUCUUUUUUUUUUCUCAUAUUUUAGGGGCAUAAUCGUCUAUACAAAAGAUUGUCUUUUUUUCUCAUAUUUUAUUACUUGAAUUUGUACUUUCUGGUUUUGGUCGGAUUCUUCAAAAUGACGGAGAAAGGACCGAUUCUAUCUCCGGCACCAAACCAGUUACUUCUCCAACGGUCGAGUCCUCUGCUCCAAUGGCGUUUCGGUGCUCUUACAGCACUCGUCUUCUUCCUCAUGUUAUUCGUCUGGAGCAUCGACGGUUUCUCUAUACAAACAUUCGCUGAGCCAUGGAGGCUCAGUGCGUACUCCAUCCGCGUCAGUUUCUCUCCGUCUCCUUCCCCUUCACCGUCACCAAAGCCUCCUCUUAUAGAACCCCAAAAGCCCACGACAGGCCCACGAAAUCUAAACGCGAAGAAGAAGAAGACGAACCUCACUUCAAACCCGACCCGGUGGAUCGCCGCCGAGUGGGGGAAGAAUUACACGGCGAAUCUCAUUAAAAACUGGCUGGCUCCGGGAGUUGCACCGUGCAGUGAGGCGAAGACCGUCGAGAUUUCACUUCCCGGCGUCGACGGGAUUGAUACGGCGGAGCUAACCGCCGGGGAGAUUCACGAAUUCAAAUUCCAAGCCUUGGACGAAUCCAAUAACGCUGUUUGCGUCGGCGGGGACUACUUCGAGACGGAUUUAUCCGGCGAGAGUUGGAAAUCUCGGCCGCCGGUGAAAGAUCACGGCAACGGAAGUUACUCGAUGUCGUUGCAAGUUCAUCCCGACUUCGCCGGAGAAUUCAACCUCACCGUCAUUUUACUCUUCCGUCAUUACCAAGGCCUUAAGCUCAGCCCCGCACGUCUAGGCGUUGACCGGAAGCUCCGCAACGUCCGGUUACGCUUUGUCAAGAAGCCUGACGUUGCUUUGCCGGAGCUCCGGAGAUGUAAAAGGUCCGACUUUACUAGAGAUGCGUGGUCAGGACGAUGGACAAGGCUUGGUAAGAACGAGAGUUGCCAGAUCAGCAACGACGGACGUUACCGUUGCCUUCCCGCGGAUUUCCCUUGUGGGAAACCGUGGUGCGAGGGAGCUCUUGGAGCUAUUGAAAGCAAUGGCUGGGUUUACUCCAGCCAUUGCUCUUUCAAGAUGUUCUCUGGAGAUGAGGCGUGGGACUGCUUGAAGAACAAAUGGAUCUUCUUCUGGGGGGACUCGAACCACGUUGAUUCGAUCAGAAACAUGCUGAACUUCGUGUUAGGUCAUCCGGAGAUCCCCGCUGUACCGAGGAGGUUCGACAUGAAGUUCUCUAACCCGGAGAAUGAAUCAGAGACGGUUAGGAUCACGAGUAUCUUCAACGGCCAUUGGAAUGACACGCAGAACUAUCAGGGCCUUGAUUCGCUUAAAGACCAAGGGUUUAGAGAGUUGCUCAAGAAGUACUUCUCGGAAGACCGUGUUCCAGACGCUAUGGUCGUGAACUCGGGUCUACACGACGGUAUUCACUGGACCAGCCCUAGAGCCUUUGAGAAAGGUGCUGAAACCGCAGCUGCGUUUUGGAAGGGAGUUUUCGACAGUGUCAAAAGCAGGGGGCUGCAGCCGCCCGAAGUGGUUUUCAGGAACACGGUCGCUACGGGUGGUUACGCGAGAACGCUGCCGUUUAACCCGAGCAAAAUGGAGGCGUUCAACGGAGUGUUUCUAGAGAAAAUGAGGGAUAAAGGAUUGGUCACAAGCGUGGUGGAUAACUUUGAUAUGACGUAUCCUUGGCAUUAUGAUAAUAGGUGUAACGACGGGGUUCAUUACGGAAGAGCUCCGGCGAAGAUGAUGUGGAGAGACGGUGAGAUAGGACAUCAGUACUUUGUGGAUUUGAUGCUUGUUCACGUGUUGCUGAAUGCACUGUGUGUGAGGUAGUAGUUAUGAUCAAAAGUUCGGUUUAGGAGUCAUGGAUUCUUUAUUUUUGUGUAGACGUUUUGAUUUGUUUUUGGUUGUAUAUAUCAAAUUAAUAUUUGGGAAAACUCAAACUAAAGCUUGAGUUUAUAUUGUAUAAUGUAUAAAUAGCGAGAGGUUGGUACAACAGAUUUGUACUAAAACAUUUUUGCUGAUAAUAAGAAUGUUGAUUUUCUUGCUUUAA